UACUUUCACUACUCCUUUAGGUUGGUUUUGCAUUUGACUGAAAGUGAGGUACACUUUUACAUUUGACUUGAAUAUUUGGGUUGGUUUUAGCAAAUGUACCAUCAAAAACUGAUUUCUUUUUCUAAAGUUAUUAUAAUUCAUAGUAAAUUUAUAGAUUUUUAGUAUUCAGUGUAAUCAAGUCUAGAUUUUGAUAUGUAGAAAAAAGUUUGGAUAAGUGAGAAAUCAACAAUGGUUAUAAAUGGAAAAAAAAUAUUAUAGCAAUCAGAUAAGAUUGAAAAUUAUAGGAUAUGUAAAAUAAUAUGAUAAGGCUGGGAAAAAUAUGUAAAUCCGAAGAACGUAUCUAAUCCGAUUCGGAAAAAUAGUAUUGAACUGUACCAAAAUUGGUUAAAUAUUCAAACAUUUUCAAAAUUUUGGUAUCUAGAAAAUUGAAAACGAACCUGAUCCUUACCAAAAUAUUUCGGAUACCUGUUUGUAUCUGAAAUAGAUUUAUAAACCUAAGUAUAUUGAUUAUUUUAAAAUUUAGGAUAUAUAAAAAUAUUCAAAAUAUAUAAGAUAUUUUGACAUUGUCCAAAUACUUGAAAGUAUAUACAUAUAGUUAAAAAUAAAUGUAUAAAAUAGCUUAAAAUACUCAAAACACCAAAAAUAGUUGAAAUAUAUAUUGAUUCUCUAUCCAAAUAUUCAAUCCAAACAAAUUUAUAUGUUAAGGUAAGUAAUUUGGCAUACAUUAUUCAAAUUUAUAGGUAAGGAUAUAUGUUUUUAUAUUUUGAGAAAUUUUAAAUUUAAAGCAUAUGAUGAAUUAUAAAUUUUUAAAAUUAAUUUAAACCAAUUCUCUGAAUCUGAACCGAACUUGAAAGAUCUGAAACGAACUGAAACCAAAAUUUAUAAAUAAAAAAAAGCGAAUGAAGCUGAAAUAUUUAUUCCAAAAUUUUUAAACCUGAAUAAACCAAAAUUUAUGUAAAAAAAAAAGCAAAUGAAACUGAAAUCUUUAUUCCAAAUUUUUUUAACUUGAAUAAAUCUGAAUGGCUACCCGACACCUUAAGAAUAGAAUUUAUUUUUUCUAUUUAUGUUUUCAUUUUUUUGUCAAUUUGCAUUUAUGUUUCACUAGGUGAAGAUAGCAUUAAUUUUAAUAAAAAUAAAAAUAUACGUUUCUAUAAAAGAAUAGUCAAUUUAGAUCUAUAAGGGAAUUACGGAUAGAAGUCAAUUAAAUGCACGUAGGAUCGAAUCAACACUUAACCCUGUCAUUCAAUAUCGUGUUCCAGCUUUUCCUUUGUAAUGAUGUGCGCUUGACAACUAAUGAUAACUUCAUGAGAAGCAACGACGAUGGUGCUAUAGCAAAUGAAACAUAGAUUAAAUAAUCAAAAUUAGGUGCACGGGGUGGACAUGAAUUCGAUUAGUAGAAAAUUAUAUAUAUAUUUUUAUAUAGUACAUAGUUGUCACCUAUAUUAUUUGUAUACCUAAUUGUCACUUAUAUAAAUUAUAAUAUAUUUAAAGAUAUAUCAUCAAUAGUUUAUUAUAUAUGGAUGCUGUUAAUCAUGCAUGUACUUAUUAAAACUUAAUUAUUAUUUUUUACAACAAAAUACUAAGAAACUAAGAGGAUCUAAAAAGUUAAAAACAACACGCGCCUUUGUACGCGCCCCCUAAUAGCGAUUAGAAAGGCAAACCCUAACUCACUUCCCGACUUGAAAUUCGGCAAGCUCCGGUGUGAUCGCUGCUGAUAGACUAGUUCCAGAGCCUUCUCUACUCCUAUUCACCAACCUCUCUCCUGUUCUCGCCAUGGAGUCUGGGAUUGAAGCUCCUCCGCCUUCGUCACUUUUGCAGAACAUCAACUCUGUAAUCAGUGGCUCUCCGUCGGCUCCGAUGGAUUCGAACAAUGGAUCUCCUGUAGUCGCCAACUCUCUGUCUCUUCCCACGUCAUCCUCACCGUUGUCGCGGUCUUUGUCUAUGCCAUCGACUCUGUCUUCAUCAGCUUUGUUGACUGCUGAAACCUCUCAAGACCGAACCGUAGAUCUUCCUCUGGGUUCAGGUUCUGUUCUUGUUCAAGCUUGUGAUCCUCCUUCUUAGUUGAUGGCACCAGCUAGUGUCAGAGUUCAAGAAACAUCUACAACUUCAGAAGGCAAUGUCACGCUUGGUUCUCAAGAUGAUUGCAGUGCUCCGUCUGUCAUUAACUCUAUCAUUAACAGUUCGGAGUCAGCUCAGUCGCAGCAACAGGAAACUAUAACUUCUGAUGUCAUUGAUGCACAAACAACGCCAUCUGAAAAUUCUACUCAAGCUACAACUACAUUCAUCCCUACAUUGAGAGCUUGGGCAAAGCCUCUUCUUUUCAAACCUCCUGCUACUCCUCCUGAACCAUCAACUCCUCAAAACUAUGAUCCAACACUAAUUGGGAAUCAGUUAGCAGCUCUCUGGCCGUUCUUAACAGAUGAGAUCUUAAACAAGAAACCAAAGAGCAAGCAUCCAACUCGUACUCUUCAGCCUCCGAUUGAGAAGCUUCCUCCACCGGAGCUAAAACCUGAUGGUAGUCUUCGAUUCCCUUGGGCCGCAAGAUUAAGUCCUCAAUCUCGAAACCUUUACCGGGCAGCCACUCCAACUUACAGGCUUGAUGGUACACCAAAGUGCUUAAGCUUGGUCCGGAGAAUAAAGAUGAGUAUAUCAUCGGCAAGUUUCACAGGUGUUCUCUUCCCCCAGGUGGUCUGGUUCAUGCGGUGGUAAAUAGAAUCUGGGGAAGAAGCUGUAAGAUUAGUUGCAAAAAACUUGGUGAGUCGUCAUUCAUGUUUCGUAUCCCGCACGAACCUACUCGUCAUUGGGUUAUUCAAAGAGGUGUGUGGCAUAUAGAUGACUGCUUGCUUUUCGUUCUACCGUGGACUCCAGAAGGCUCUUUCAAAAUCCCGGAAAUCUCUACUCUUCCGGUAUGGGUAAAUUUGAAGAAUAUUCCUGAUUGUUGCUACUCGAGAUUAGGAAUAAGUCAUGUUGCUUCAGGACUUGGAGAACCUAUUCUUACACACAAGCCUCGACUUGAUCCAACCAGUAUGGGUGAAGCAAUAGUUUUAGUUGAGAUGGAGCUGGAUAGAGAUUUUCCGAAGCUUAUUGCACUUGAUGAUAAGCAAGGUAGUAUAUUUCUUGUUGAUGUUGAAUAUACGUGGAUUCCAUCUACGUGUGAAAGAUGUGGUAGACUUGGCCACAAAGCAAAGAGAUGCCUCUUACAUUCUAAGCCGGCUAACGAUUCAGCCGUGCUGCCACAGACAAAAGAUGUUCCUAGUGAGAUCCCUGUUGUGGAUAUUGAUCUUAUUCUACAUGAAAAGGAUACUUCGGCUUCACCAUCAUCGGCUAUGCAUCCAAAGGAUCCAAAAGCUAUUGAAAACCUAUUGAUUCCUACUCCAGAGUCGGGCCACGUCUUAGAAGAGGUACGCCUUGUCGCUGUGCUUGGAACUUUAUCUCCUUCUUCUCAUUCACAACAAGAGAAGCCCAUUGUUCCGCUUAAAUCAGUUCCUGCUUACUCCACAUUAGUAGAUGCACAGUCUACUCCCACUUAUUCACAGAUUAUGGAAACCUCUCCAUCAAGUAUUAUCAAUAACAAGGUCCUAGAGUCCUCUGUUAUUGAUCCUUUAACCACAUCAACUAAUCAUUGUGCCUUUGAGAGUCCUUCUCGUUUUACAGUGUUAGAAGAAGUGGAUGAAGCUGAAAUUGAGCUUUCAAACUCGUUCAGCUUGACUAGAGGUGGGAGAGAGUCAAAGCCUCCCAUCAAGUACCAAAACAUGGAAUGGAAGUCAGUUCGAGGGAGAGGAAACCGUGGCCGACGAGGCCGUGGCUCCUAUCAUUAGCUAGUGUCCUUCUCACCAUCAAUGGUUUAUCUAGUCUCAACCUUUGUUGUUUCAUUGGUUUGAGAUUCACUCUUACAUGAAACUUGUUUCAUUCCAGCUUUUCCAAACUAUAAGAUUUCCAAUCUUAUCUUGUAAUAGUUUAAGUUUUAAAUUGAAAGCCCUUAGUUCAAAAAAAAAAAGAAACUAAGAGGAUCCCUGAUCCGAGAGCCACAUCGGGGGGACUGAAUCAACAUAAACCAUAGCAGAUGGCGAAGUCCUAGCACCUCGUGCUAACUUGUCCGCCAGAGUAUUUUGUGCCCUUGGAAUAUGUUGGAUAGAGAAGUUGAGGAAGAAAUACUUACAUCGCAGAAACUCCUCCAUAUGUGUAGUGAACGCCGGCCAUUCUGUUGGUGUAGACACCAUCUUCACCAAUUGAGAGCAGUCAGUUGCAAAUACCACCUCUGUAAUUUGUAGGGUCUUCAUGCACUCCAUCGCCCAUAUCAAAGCUUCACAUUCAGCAUGUAAAGGUGAUAGACUCCUGCGAAUAGACAUUGCACCCAUCAUAGUAUCAGUGGAUUCAUUUAAAACUUAAUUUAUAAAUUGAUAUUUGUAAGGGAUAAUUUGUGAACUACCCUAUUUAAGAUUGUAAAUUUGAAAAAUAUACUGUUUUAAUAUUAUUUUGAAAACUACACUUAGUUAUGUCUUAUAAGAUUAUUUGGCCCUUUUGAAUUUUAAAUUCAAAACAUUUUAAGAGUGAAAAACUCGAGAUUGUUAUUUGAGAUAAUUUUACUGAAUAUAUAACAAAUUUAGCAAAUUAGAAUAUAUUCAAAAUAUAUAUGGGUAACUAUAAAACUGUAAAACACAAUCUUAUAUAAAGAGUAUUCGUAAAACCCUAUUAUCGUAUUUGUUAUUAAGUGUUUUUGAACUAUAAAACCUGUUGUUUAAUCAUGAACUUUAUGAGAGUUGGGUAUAAGAAAACCUAGCGAAGAAAUUAAAAGAUAUGUUAUUUGCUAUAUAUGUAUUCCAAAUUAUGUAUACUCGUGUUAUAUUAAGAAAAGCCAAAGUUGUCAAAGAAGCAGAGUGAAUAACUAUUCUAUCUGAGAAACUACUAUAGAUAUCUUUGCAUUUCGCCAUGAUCUUAGAAAGAAAUAGAGUCAGAGUUUGACUAAUUUUUUGACACCACAUUCGUUCUUUUGACAACUACUGAUAUAUCAACUGGAGAUAGAAGGCAAUCUCUUAAUUUCCAAAGCACAUGAAGCUAUUGUUACGAUAUGGCCCUAAAUUUUGAUGAAAUAAGAAAACUGUGGUGAUUAUCAAAUGUAUCUAAGAGUCGAAAGUUUAUAACAAAAAAAAUAUCAAACUCCAAAAUUAUGUUGGCACGUCUUCCUCUUCAGAUACAAAAGAAAAAAAGAACUACACUGAUUUGAUAGUUACGAAAACCAGAAUUUCUAAACAAAUCAUACCAAAUUUCCGAUUUUCUUGUAUACCAAAUCAAUCGUUUUUUUAUUUCUAUUAUUUUUUUAUUUAACUGUUGAAAUUUUCUACUUUCAAUAAGGUUAAUUUAGUCACUUCACUUAUAAAUAACUGUAGUUUUCAAAAAAAUUAAAAAUAUGGUGUAGUUUUAAAAAUAAAAUCUCAUUUUAUGGCAUUUUUCCAAAUUUUCCCUAUUUGUAAUGCUUAUCUGAAAAAUGUAAACUGUAAAUUUUAUAGUUUAGAACCAGUGAUUUGCCGGCGCUACGCACUGGGUUUGUAUCUUUCAUUUUUAAUAAGUUUGAAAUUAUUUUUUGAUCUAUUUGAUAGUGGUAAGUAAAAAGUGUUUAUGGGAUGACCAUGUUUUGUCUGUGAAUCACUGCGAUAAUGGUCGUUGACACAAAUUUUAGUGGGAGAGAGGAAAAAUUAAAGGAAAUCACUAUUUAUUAAUUGCAAAGAAAAGAUGCAGAACAAAAGAGAAAAGGCAAACGAUCGCAGUUAAGUUUGGGGACACAAACGUUUGUCAAUUUCAUUUAGUUAUUGAUAUAUGUGUUUCUCUUGUUUCACUCGAAUAGCCAAACUCCGAAGAAAUUUAAUUAGUAUUACUAAUAAUUCGUGAUGUUUAAUACAAUAAACGUGAACCAACUAAAACGAACUGAACCAAAAUAAAGAAAAAAUAAAGAAAGUGGUUUGGAUCAGCCAAUAUCAUAUAAAUCAAAUGUUUUUUUUCCUAAAUCGCAGUACACCGAUAAAAUUCGGUUAUAAACCAAUCAAUCCGGAUAAACCAAUAAAUGAUUACUUUAAGGAUAGUAAUUUAGAUAUCUGAUCAAUUAUAUAAUAUAAAUGAUAUAUAUAUAUAUAUAUAAAUUGUU